AUGGGGAUUGGUGCGUUGCUAUGGAUAUUAUUCCUAGUUCGAUAUUCAGAAUGUACGUGUUCACUACCCACCAAUCUAGAGGGAUCCUGGACGAGCAGUGAGCAGGGUUCCAUGACCUUCACCUCUACCUCUCUUCUUAACUACCCCACCACGACAUUUGGCACUUUCACAUUUGCCUGUGAUACAUACUCCGGGUCACAAUAUGUCCUAAGGUCCCCCACUUUUACCUAUCUAAGCGUUGAUUUUGAUGCCUACCUAUGUUUAGUAUUAACAGAAUUAUCCUCGUCGAAAUUUACAUACUUCAUUGGCUCAGAGCCGAACAGUUAUGCCGGGAAUGAUCGUCUAAAGACAUCUAGUCCAACAACGAAUCUUACAGUCGCGAACGUGUGUGACCGGUCAUCGUAUCCUACGGGAACAUAUUACGUACUGGUCAAGGAUGGCGAAAUAAACAGUGCCAAAACUGACUUCCCAACAGACCUACAAUCAAAAUGGACAUACACGUAUGAUAACGGAUCCGGAAGUGACGUAUGUUCUGGUAACACAACUUCAGCUGAUGUCUGUACCACUACCUCCGAUAUAAGCUUUUCCUAUUCAUCAUGUUCCCAAAUGGUUAUGUAUUCAAGUGGCGGUAUUUUGUAUUAUCUCUACAGUUUCACAGAUAGUUCAAAUACCUAUAUAAAUUUGUACAAUGCCGACACAACGACAGACGAAUCUUCUACAUACCGAUUUAUUUGUCUGGUUAUGACAACUUCUGGAGAUAACCGGUAUAUAACACAAUACCCUAAACAAUGUCAUGAAAACCAGACAUCUACGACAGUAAAUUCUCCCGGUACAAGCCUCAUUUUCAGUCUCUCAAGUACCUGUCCUACAUCGUCUGACGUGUCGAAUGCUGGUACUGUAGCUCUGGCUGUUCUCAUUCCGUUGGUUGUUAUAAUCAUUGGGUGUAUAAUCAGCUACUUCUGCUGGAUCAACUACAAAAAAAGGAAAAUCGAAGAGGCAGCUAGACCAGAUCCUAAAUUCGCAAAUGGCGAAAUUCGCAAUCGUCGUAAAAACAUUCACGAUGGUGUUAUACAUUCGGAUAAAAAUGGAAACACAAUACGGAGAGAGGAAUCUAUUGUGAUAUCGGUGCCUCCUCUUUCGGCACGCGAGGAGGGUAUUCAAUCACCCCUUUCGGACUUCGAUGACUACGGCGAAGAUGUUGACUCGGAUGAUGAUGAAUACGAAGUGAAGGAUAUCACUGAGUUUUCUUUGCGUGGUGAUAUUCCAACAAUAGUGGUUCAGUCAGCAACCCCGAAUCCCCGAGAUGAGAACAUGGUAGAUGCUGGAACAAUAACAGAAAAUAAUAGUGCUAAACUUAAAAAGAAGCGUCGCCGACGAAAGAAAAGUGCAAAAAGUCGAGUCUCGAUAAUAUUAGAAGACGGAAAGGUGUCCAAACAGGCUUCAGACAUAAAGGGGAAGAAGAAAACACAGUCACAUACGAAAAAAAGUCGUCUAAAUUCAAAAGAUAAAAUCACAUUCGGCACCUCUACGCUUCUAUUGAAGAUGCCAGUGAAACGACAGAAAAAGAAAAAAAAGUACUUGAUUAAGACUGAGGAAGGAGAGGACGGGAUGCCGGAAGUAGACGAAAAAGAGAAAGAUAUUCCAUCGAACACACCCGUCGUUAAAGAAGAAUCCCUCAGAGAGAAAGCCUACAAAAUGAGGAUGAAACGAGGAGAAACGCUGGCGGAUCUCAUCAAGAAGAAGAAGAAGGUGCCGAUCCUCAAACACCCGAUGGAGUCAAAAACACAAGAUUCCCCGAACGUGAAACCACCAAGUAGUAGCUGGGGUAUGCGAAGGGGAACCACGCCCAAAACCGCACCAUCAACGAUGACGGAUGUAGAACGGACAAAUAUCAACGACGAUAGCAUGGUGAUGUUCAGAGCGAACACGGAUGUCGAUUUAUUACCCGAAGGAUCCACUCGUGUUAAGGUUCCUGAGAAGGUUACCUUCUACGAACCUGUCAAACCCGCAAAUGACGAUUUAUGGAAAAGAAUGCGCGGUAUGUGGAAUCUAGCAAGUCAAGCGAUCACAAGCCCUAGUAUGGGAUCGAGUUCCGCCGUAGGAAUUCAAAGUGGAAAGAAAGCAAAGAAAGGAAAAGUGAGGAAAAUUCAGCUAUAA